GUCGGGGAUUGGAGUUAACGCCGAUCCUUUCUCACAAACCCCGAUAAGACGCUGGGUCGCGGAGAUGACCCACGGGAUGGUAUUGGCGACGAAUGUCGACACACACAUGGCUGGGGUCAUCAACGGGGACCUCACUAUCACCCAGGAGAUCAUGUUAUAUUACGGCACUCAACCAGGCGAAGACAUGUGGGGUAGUCAUGUUUGCCUGCCAUAUCCGUCCUUCUUACAGUGGGCUCGCCAGUUCGGCAUAGACAUGGUAGGAGAGUAUCACAACUCAGACGGCGUCAUAAAUGCAGAGGUUGAAUCUCCUCACAUCCUAAUAAGUGAGCGUAGCAACGUUUCAGUCGCUUGGGUCACAUCAGUCCAGGACACCUUCGCAUACCUGCCUGCCGCCUUCAUAGGCUAUUGUAACGCGGUGCCUUAUAUGAUUCCUCUUUCUGUGGAGGACUGGCAGACUAUUUCUUGUUCAACUGACUUAGUCCACCCAACCCCUGCCGGAUUUAUGUCGAACCUGUGCACCAUAACCAUCAACAACAGGUACAGACACGUCAGCCAGCCCGGGCGUGUCAUGGUGAUCAACAAACACGCUAUGAGGAAGGAGUCACCCUCGUGGAUGGUGAGCAACCUACAAUACCCGGAUCCCCCCAACAGCGAUUUUUUACGCAAACGGGAGCUUCAAAACUCACAGGACCAAGGCUCCCCAAGCGAUGGGAAGAAGGUCCUACCGUCCCAACAGAUAACAGAGGCGGACCCACAGGAAGUCCCAGCCCAAGGCUCGGAGACCUCCCACCCACAAUAAACCCAGCUCACAACCACGCGCCCACCACGCCUGUAGAUGGGCAGUACUUUUCAAAAACCCCUGUCAACAAGUGGCUCGGUCCUACUUGGGACCAGUCACGUGAGGCUGAGCCGCCCAGGCUUCACACACCAAGCAGCCAAACACAGAAAGGUACAUGGGCAUCAAAUAGAGGAGGCAAACGCAGAGACCACAACAAGUGUAUGAAUGGAAUGCUUUUUGAUCGGGGAGCCUGCCUGUAUUCGCUGGAAUUGCACGAUGAGUUCUACAACAUGCUGGAUGGCGUGGAAUCGGAAUUUCUACCAAACGUGCAAAACUUAGACAUACUGGUACGCUUCUCAAUCAAGACUCCGGCUUGGUUCCCCAUUCGUAGAUCUUCUUUUACAUCUGGUCUCUACCUACACUACAAAUUGACAAAGGCCAGCGGACAGACAGAGGUGGCCAACACCCUUCUCUCCAUAUACCGCUACCUCGAGCGCAGGUUCAGAUGGCUGUUCAGCCAGGCUCCCGCCAAGGUGAACAUGGGCGUGUACGAUGAUUACAUCCGCAAGCACUUGAAAGCUAUUUCGAAGUGGGCUUUUCCGCGGGUUUUCUCUGACGGUCCCGCCUAUUGCUUUCUCAUGCACAUGGAUAUGCUUGGCUCAAAGUCGCCCUGGACCAAGGAAAUGGUGGAGAACGACAUCCUGAAGUGGACCUCCGGCGACUCCCCUGGCAACCUAACCCUGUUGGCUCCCUAUCUGGAUUCAAUAUUUCAGCAAUGGGGUUACGAUUCCAACGCUGCCAACUUUCUCAAGUUUAAGGAGUUCUGUAACGACCCCAUGAGGUGGGGGACGAGUGGUGGUGCAAAGAAGGCAACGAUAGAAGGUGAAAGCUAUCGCUCGAAAUGGGCAUGGGCUUUUUCUCGUAUGAUGAAUACUGACGGCUCUUUCAAAAGGGAAGGGGAGUUCGACCUUUAUGAGCAGGCCCUGCUAGAACCGGAGGAGUGUAAGGUGGCUUUAAAAGAGGAAGAGAAGAAAACUCGUGAAAUAAUAACAACACCAAUGGCAUCUUACUUACGUCAGUCUUAUCUCGCAUAUAGAUGGAACAGACUUCCCGGCGACUCCCCCAUCUCUAACCCGGAAUGGCUUGGGCAUUUUCAAUCCACUGAAUACAGUUGGUAUGGCUGUGCAGACGCGGAACGUUUCGACCACUCAGUCAGCAAGGAUAUGGUCAAGUAUGUGAUCCGGAAGAUGGGAGAUAUUGACGACGAGACACGGUGGGUAUCGGAUCGAGAGUUGGAAUCGAUAGACAGGUUGAGAAUAUCUUGGAACGGGAAAGAGUGGCCCUACAAGGGCGGGUUGCUAUCUGGCUGGAGGAUCACCUCCCUACUCGGCACUAUGGUAUCGAUGUCCAUCGGGCGGUACAUCAUUGAAAAGAACAAGAUCUACGGUGCUAAGGCGGUCGGGAUGGGAGACGACAUCAUCCUAGCUUCACCUAUGUUGGGUAUAGACAAAGACGAGCUUUAUCGCAGCUACGCGGACACAGGGUUUAAAAUCAACCUACUUAAAACAAUAUCAGGUCCAAUUGGAGAGUUUUUACGACAGGUGUACUCCCCUCGAGGAGUAAUAGGAUAUCCGGCUCGAAGGACCACUAUGAUGCUUAUGUGUAUGAGAUUAGAGUUGACUAUCGAAUGGCAGGUACAGAGUGUAACGAAAAGACGUGUGUUAUAUACGGCGACUUUAUUGGGACUGUUUUUACACUGCAAAAUUUGCCUAGCUACUCAUUCAAUGAAUGAGACCGUGCGCUUGUCUAUUAUAAACAUAACAAUAGUUAUUGUUCAAAAUCUGGACCUGUUCAAAUAAGUAGGUACUCUAGAAAUUCCUUCUACUUUAUACAAUAGUUUUAUUUUUAAUUGAGGCGUUCAUUGCUUUAAUCUAGUUAUUAUGGAAGGUAAUAAUAUUGUAAUAAUUGGUAUAAUCAUCAUAGUCAUCAUCAUAUUAUAUUUCUUCAUCAUGCUGUAUUUAGUGUGUAAGAUUUGUUACUGAAUAAAUUAUUUAUCACUUGUCAUUUUCAUUUUCAUCAUCAUCAUUAUCACCACCAUAGGAAUAGUGAAACCCCAACUGAUUAAUUAAUAGUUAUGUUGUAGUUUGGAACGCUAACGACUAAGCCUUCAAAUAUGUUAAACUAAACAUCAAAGCCAUUUUUUUUUAUAAUUAUCAUAACAUUUGAAAUUUUUUUAAAGAUGAAUGUAAUAGUUUUUUUUCCUACAGGGAAAAGGAUAAACAAAGACAUUCCGUCCUAUGUUACAACGCAACUUAGAAAUUCCAUGAGGCAAAUAAAAAACUUGAAACGAGAAGUAUUGCGGAUGAAAAAACGCGGAUUGACACUCAAAGCCAGAUUGGAAAAUGCAAGAAAAAUAAGUGAAAAUGCAGCUUUUCAAAUGGUCAUGAAGGACAUGACGAGAGUGGGCCCAAUCCCAAACGGUUACUGAGGAACCAACUGCAGAAAUCAAAACUCAAUCAGUACCUUCAGAACCUCUUUUGGCCCAAUCCCAAACGGUUACUGAAGAACCAACUGCAGAAAUCAAAUCGGGACCUUCAGAACCAUUUUUGAAAAAAGAACCUUCACGGAAGAAAGUCAAGCUAAAUCUGUCAG